AAAAUCGGUCGCGUUGAUAGGUGAAAUCGGGAAGUAAAACAAACAACCGCUGCAGCACAAGGAGGUUUCGUGGGAUUACAGAGUGCCAGUGCCCCGUCCGAGUAUUACGCAUACGCCGGGUGUGACGGAAUACGGGGCUGCCUAGUAAACCCGAAAUCGCUGCAAAAUGGCUGCCAUGCAGUCCGGAGGACGACCCCGCGAGCGCCUUCUUUAUGCAUUCCGGGGAUGGAUAGCAUUUGUCGCCUUCAUGGACCUGGGCACAGCGUUCCGUAGCUAUAUAGAAAGACGCAGCUUCCUCGGCGACCACAGUGACACCCAGUUCAUAGAGGGUGACUACACCAUAUCACGCAUUAUCGGAAUGUACUGCCUGCUCAAGGCCAUCGCUCUGGUCCACUGCACCCUCUACAUCCACUACAGACCGGUUGUGAGCAUGGGCGGCUGCUCCUUGGCCCUAACCAUGGUCUUCUACGCCACCGAGGCUCUCUACUUUCGCUCCAGCACCAUCAACUUUUACGUGAUCUUCCCUUGCGUGCUAAACUCCAUAACUCUACUGGGCCUCAUCUACAUACCCAAACGACUGCGGCUCUGGGAGCCAAACAUGGAUCUGGAUGACGAAAACUCGCAGCUUCUCAAGCAGAUGACGGGCUUCAAGAGGCGACGGGCGAAAAAACAAUAAUUUGACGUCUGAGAAAAGUGAAAAGGAAGGGCAGGAAACCCCGCUCGUUUCCAGCAGCACAGUAUUGUGAAGGAAUCGCAAAUUUUCCGCUUUGGACUGCAUUGGUGUGAUAGCAAUGGCAUCAAGUUCAUCAUUAUAUACUCAAUAGCAAUACUGAAAUCAACGCCAAAUUAGUGAUUUUCUAUGAACUAGGUACGAAAGGGACGCGGAAGUCCCGGAAUAAGUCAAUUUCAGGCAUAAUCACUUCAAGACAUAUGUUGUACUUCCUUUUUAUAAACCAUAUAUUUAUAUACAUUUCAAAAUGUAUAGCACACUAGAGUUCUUGCACUUUAAGAGUUGAAAAUCGAUAUUAGGAACUAUUCAAAAUUAUCAGAGUUAGCACCCAAGUUAAACAAUUCAAAUCGAAAGGCUUUAAAUUUACAAAUAAGUUCUAAAUCAUUUUAUUUAGUGUUACGUUGGACUUUUCCAUUAUACAUAUAUACGAAUACGAAUAGCAAUUUAUGGAACAUGCUUCCGGGUCGAUCCUAAAGUUAAGCAAACGCAUAGUUGAACAUUUUAUACUCAUCCACAUAUGAUUAAAAGUUAUAUACAUAUAGAAUAACAAUAAUAGUUUUGUACGCAUUAUGUAGAGUAUGUUUGAAUAAAAUUUGAAUUUCCAUAAA